AAAAUAUUAAUGGGUGAUAUAAAAGGAAAAUGUAAGAAGAAUAUGAUAUUGAAGAAAUGGCAAUCAUUUGGAGAUGGAGGUGGCAAUAGCAAUAUGAGGUCACUAAUAUUGAAUAAGGGAACUUCAAAAUCAUUUUUAGAAAACAUCCCCAAAGGUUGUUUUUCAGUUUAUGUUGGAUCUGAAAGACAAAGGUUUAUUGUGAAGACCAAGUUUGUUUCACACCCAUUAUUCAAGAUGUUACUAGAUGAAGCAGAAGUGGAAUUUGGGUUUCAAAAUGAUGGUCCAAUUAGGCUACCAUGUAAGGUUGAUUUGUUCUAUAAAGUUUUGGCUGAAAUGAAUAAUUUUGGUAUGGAGGAUAAGAUUAAUGAUGGUGUUUGUAGAAGGUUUAACAAGGCUAAAAGGUUUUCAUUGUUUUGUUCUUCCAAGCCUAAGCUAUAUGAAUAGAAUAUAAGUCACUUUAAUCUUGGUUAAUUUAAUCUAAUCUAUGAGCCAAGAUAAGUACUUUGUAUUACAGGAACUAGUGCUAAACAGUAUAGUGUGAACAUUUUUUCAAACGAAUUGAGCAUUUGUUCACAUGUAUUUUUUUUAAG